AGGAGCCUUCCUUCAAGCGAAUCAGGUUAGACGUUGGGGAGAUCGUAGAAGAUUCUCGAAGUUCAGCAUUGUGGAGUUACAGCUAUAGCUACAUUUGUUUCUAUCGACAUUUACUGGCCAAGGUCUUCUUAGUGGCAACCAUGGUAAAGGAAACAGGCUUUUACGACAUGUUGGGCGUAAAACCCAACGCCACGCCAGACGAGCUGAAAAAGGCUUAUCGUAAACUGGCCUUGAAGUACCAUCCAGACAAGAACCCCACAGAGGGAGAGAAGUUUAAACAGAUCUCCCAGGCGUAUGAGGUGCUGUCGGACUCCCAGAAGAGAGAGGUUUACGACCGUGGUGGAGAGAAGGCUAUAAAGGAAGGAGGGAGUGGAGGAGGUGGAGGAGGAGGCUUCGGGUCUCCCAUGGACAUCUUUGACAUGUUCUUUGGUGGUGGGGGCCGUAUGCACAGAGAGAGGAGAGGGAAGAAUGUAGUUCAUCAGCUUACAGUCUCUUUGGAAGAUCUCUACAACGGAGCCACAAGGAAGCUUGCCGUCCAGAAGAACACUAUUUGCGAGCGAUGCGAAGGACGCGGCGGUAGGAAGGGCGCCAUGGAGAUCUGCAUGUCCUGCCGCGGGUCCGGCGUGCAGGUGAGCCUCCACAAGCUGGGGCCGGGCAUGGUGCAGCAGGUGAGGACCGUGUGCCAGGGCUGCCAGGGCCAGGGCCAGCGCAUCAGCCACAAGGACCGCUGCAAAGCCUGCAGCGGGCGCAAGAUCCUGAGACAGAAGAAGAUCCUGGAAGUCCACAUCGACAAAGGGAUGAAGGAUGGCCAGAAGGUAGUGUUUCACGGGGAGGGGGACCAGGAGCCGGGACUAGAGCCUGGUGACAUCAUCAUUGUCUUGGACCAGAGGGUGCACCCAGUCUUCACCAGACAAGGUGAGGAUCUGAUCAUGACUAUGGACCUCCAGCUGGUGGAGGCCCUGUGUGGCUUCCAGAAGCCUGUCCAGACCAUGGACAACAGAACCCUGCUCAUCACCUCCCACCCAGGGGAACUGAUCAAGCCCGGACAAAAGAAGAGUGUCCUUAGCGAGGGGAUGCCCUUGCAUCGUAGGCCUUAUGAAAAGGGCCGCCUCAUCAUUCAGUUCACGGUGGCGUUCCCGGAGGCCAACUUCCUCCCCCAGCAGAAGCUGAAGGAGCUGGAGCGCUACCUGCCGGCCACGCGGGAGGCCGAGCAGCCCGAGAGCAUGGACGAUGACCUCUACAUCUACGCCGACCUGGAGGACUGCGACCCCGCCAGUGAGAGGCGGAGCUACUACCAGUCCAUGGAGGAAGAUGACUACCCUUCAGCCGGGGGGGUCCAGUGCCAGACCUCGUAAACCCCCGCCCCUCCCUUCCACGCCCACACACAGAGCCCCCUCCCCCCUUCCACGCCCACACACAGAGCCCCCUCCCC